GUGUCAGAGGUCAGUGUGGCGCAUCUCGACUGAUUAGAGUUCUACUGGUGAUCUCAUUCGGGAUCAGUCGCAGAUGUGCCACAACCAUGGGCACAACAUGGACUGCUCUGUUUUUCUCAAUAAUCCUAUCAACGGCUGUCUCUGAUCCGAUCGUUUUUCGAGGAGAGCAGCAGGAGCAUAAACUUAAAAAACAGUUUGAGUUUGCCCGAAAUUGGCAGCAGCAACAGUAUUCCUCUGAAAUUCAGCAACUCCACCAAAAUCCAUACCACUCUGAGCCUCUGGUCGUGGUCCACUCGUACAAAAAGCACCCGCAGUACGAGUACUACCAGGGUCCGACCCUGCAAAACGUGAUCGAGCCUCCGAGACAGUCCGAGAGGCCAAAAUUCAAAAGCAGCCUCACCGAGCAAAUCAACGCGUUUUGUCUGGAGGAGAACGGACUUUUUUCUUAUCCUCCAGACUGCAGAAAAUUCGUCAACUGCUGGAAGGGACGUGGAACUGUGCAAGUUUGUGCCGCCGGAACUCUUUUCGAUGCUGAACUUCGAAAUUGUGAUCACGAGUACAAAGUCAAUUGUGUGAAUGCCGAGGCAGAGCAGCCGCAGAUCUUCCACGGCUUCAUCAGGGCCGGUGGAAGAAGGUAUGAGGAGCAACAAGGGUUUGUCGAUUAUGACGAAUCACCAACAUUGGAGUCUGAGACGGGCUUGGAGCAAAACUACAACCGCGACUGCCAGUACCCGAACGACCCCUGCCCAAUUCCGCCACCCCCGAAGCAGGAGCCGCAACCCCUAUCGUGUCCGGAGCCGUCCGGAAUGUGGCCGCACCCGCACGACUGCGCCAAGUUCAUCCAGUGCUCGCACAACCGGCUGUUCGAGAUGCCGUGCGGCCCGGGCACCCUGUUCAACCCCAAGUUCAUGGUUUGCGACUGGCCGCACCAUGUCGACUGCCAGGUCGGGGACCAGGAGCAGGGGGGCGCCGAACAGGGCCAGGAAGUAAUCAUAAACAGGUUUGGCGAAGCAGGAGAGUUCGAGGAGAAGGAGCAGCAGUUUUUCCAACCGUCGUCAACAAGUACGUCAACAACUUCAACAACAACGACGACGACAACAACAACUAGACGUCCACCCACUACGACCAGAAGACAGUAUCAAACCAUGUCAAGGACAACGUUGACAACAACCCCAACACCGUCAACAACCAGAAAGCAGUACCAGACGAUGUUGAGAACCAAAAGCACCCCCGCGGCCACGACAACCCCUGCUCCUCCAACAACAACCCCUCCUCCAACCACAACCCCCGAAUUCAUUCCUGAAGAAAUCCCGGACCUUGAGCAAGGCGGUCCCAGAGAAAACCUGAUUCCCAACGACCUGAAGUCGCCGCCCCCAGGUCAAGUGGCUCAGCCGCAGACUGGAAACGGCCAAAGGGUGCGUUUGAGGAACGGACCCGAGCCCUGGGAGGGUUUGGUCCAGGUUUUCCUCGGCGACAGUCUCGGCUGGGGUUUUUUGUGCGACGUCAGCGGAAACUGGACCAUCAGCGAGGCCAACGUCGUCUGCAACCAAUUAGGAUAUGAAAGAGGAGCUGAAAUGGCAUGGCAGGGUUCUCGCUUUGGUCUGGCCAAGGCGUUGUGGCCGCGACUUUCGGUAACCUGCUCGGGCCAAGAACGCACCCUGCUCGAAUGCAAGGCCAAAGACGUUUCCUCGCUGGGGUCGUGCGACCUUGCCCGACACGGUGCCGCCGUCCGGUGCGCCAGACCAUCCAAGUCUCUGUGCGGACCUUUGGAGGUGGCGUGGGGCGGCAAGUGCUACAAGUUGACCAGGGACAUGAACAUAAGAGAAGAGGCGAAAAAGCAGUGCGGCGAAAAUGGCAAUUUGCUCACCAUCGAGUCACAGGCAGAAAACGAUUUUAUAUCUGAAUGGCUCCUUGUUAAACAUCCAUCGGUGGGCAAGAUUUUCACUGCUGGGAUUGGCGUAAAGCUUUUCAAGAAUCCAGUUUGGGCUUGGCAGGGUAGCAACUCACCCUUCAUUUACAGCAACUGGUGGCCAGAAUACACAGUUAAUGGCUGGCCGGAGUUGAAGGAGGAAAGAAUGCCCAAGUGCGUGAUCGGCUCCAGAUUCUUCCCUUGCAAGGGCGCGAAAAAGGGGGAGUUGUGCGACCAGGGCUAUCUCUAUUGGGAGGCGUUGAAUUGCUCGGACAAGAGCUGGGCCGUGUGCGAGCGACCUCAGGACGAGGUCACGUGUCACGAACCUGGCGUCAGGUACAAGGGCAACGCCAGCAUGAGCGUCAGCGGGCUCGAGUGUCAGCGGUGGGACAUGACGGAGCCUCUGCUGCGGCUGCUCAGCUUUUCCGAGAAGGCCACCCUGCAGGGCCACAACUUCUGCAGGGAGGUGCCGCUGGCCAACCAGAAGGAGGAGAUCAACGGACCCUGGUGCUUUGUGGCUCCAGAAUGGCCCGAGCAGUGCGACGUACCGCAGUGCAACGAUUCUACAGUUGGGGAGGCUCGUUCUGGUUCUUUUAAUGUCCAGUGCAAAACCAAUGAACGUCGUUGUGAGAGUGGAGGAUGCAUUUCCACAGACUGGAUUUGUGACGGCGAGAAAGAUUGCCCUGGCGGAGAAGAUGAAAAAGGGUGUAAAGAUCUUUUAUCAGGAUUUACGGUCAAACUCUUCCACCACCUUGUUGCCAGGGACAGAGAAAAGUACCUGGGGGUGAAAUUAGAGAAAUGCGCCAAACUCUGCAUCGAAAGUCACUCGUUUGUGUGCAAAUCAUUCAGCUACCAUUCAACAAACAAAACGUGCAUCCUAAGUGAGGAUAAUGUUGGAACUUCUGGUGGGUUGAAGAUGAACGAGGCUUGGGAUUAUUACGAAAGAAAAUCGCUGACGGUCGACUGCUCCAAAUUAUUCACCUGCGGGAAUAAACAGUGCAUUCCAAAAAGAGCUGUUUGCAACGGGAAAAAUGAUUGUGGGGACAGAUCGGAUGAAAAGAAUUGCUCGGCUGAUGCUUUGAAUUUUGGUUUGCGGCUGGCCGGAGGGGCCAAUGAGUAUGAAGGCCGGGUAGAAGUCAGAGCUUUUGGAAAAUGGGGUCUCGUUUGUGACGACAAAUUUGACAUUUUGGACGCCCAUGUUGUUUGCAAGGAGUUGGGAUACACCCUCGGGGCAGCCGCGGUCGCUACUAUGUCAGAAUAUCCUCUUCCUAAUAAUGGGACAAAGAAAAUACCAUUUUACAUGGAUGACUUGCAAUGCACCGGAAGUGAGGGUUCGAUUAGCGAGUGCAAUUUCAGUGGCUGGGGAGAACAUGACUGCAGACAUGAUGAGGCUGCUGCUGUGGUCUGUCGAGUUCCAGGACAGGAAUGCAGCCCAAGUGAGUUUAAAUGUGACAGCGGGGAGUGUCUGAUGCUGAAGUAUUUGUGUGACGAAUUCGACGACUGUCAGGAUAUGAGUGACAGUUUCCCUGAAAGAUGCAAGGCGCCUUUUGAAGUUCGACUGGUGGACGGUGAGAACGAGAUGGAAGGUCGCGUGGAAAUUCGCCACAAGGGCGUGUGGGGCACGAUUUGUGACGACAGUUUCGAGCAGCCCGACGCUCAGGUCGUUUGCCGCAUGCUCGGCUACUGGGGCCCCGCCAAGGCCCUGAAGGCGGCCACCUUUGGGCCCGGCAGUGGGCCCAUCUGGCUGGACGAGGUGCAGUGCCUGGGCCAGGAGACGGACGUUCGCAAGUGCGGACUGCUGCCCUGGGGCGAGCACAACUGCGGUCACAACGAGGACGUCGGCGUCAGGUGCUCUCAGGGCAAUUUCUCCUUCAGCAACCGACACAAGGAACCAGAGCCAAAAAUAAAGGCCCAGCCGCAAACACUGACCGAAUUUUUCCCCGCCCAGUGUGGAUCAAUUCAACUACCACCCCCUCUAAAGAGUGGUAGAUUUACUCCAAAAAUCAUUGGAGGUUCCGAAGUAGUCAAAGGGUCACAUCCCUGGCAGGGCAGUCUGCGAGUCCGAGGUCCGAGCGGAGUGUCAGUUCACUGGUGCGGGGCAGUUCUGAUAUCGAAUCUGCACGUUUUGACCGCAGGUCACUGUGUCGUGGAUCACCAAAAGUCGCAAUUUGUCCUCAGAUUCGGAGAUCACGACACCCACACCGUUGAGGAGAGUGAGCAGGACGUGCUGAUCGACGACAUAAUCCAACACGAGGAAUUCAACAUCGGGCCCAGACUGAACAACGACAUUGCCAUCAUUCGGCUCCGCUCACCUGGUGUGCAGUUCACAGACUUUGUCCAGCCUGUCUGCGUGGCGCCCAAAGAGGCGGUUUACUCGCCCGAACUGAACUGCACAAUUUCUGGCUGGGGUGCAAAGGGAGCUUCUUCCAGUGGGCCUUCCAGAUUCCUCCGAGCCGGCACUGUCAACCCCAUCCCUGAUCAAACUUGCCGCAGCGAACAGGUUUACGGGGCGCAGGCGUUGAGUCCUGGCAUGGUCUGCGCCGGAGACCUUCAGGGCAGCGUCGACUCGUGCAAUGGAGACUCUGGCGGUCCGCUGGUGUGUCCCAACGAAGAUCGUUUCACCCUUUACGGCAUCACCAGCUGGGGCCGAGGGUGCGGAACGUCCAACAAGCCAGGCGUGUACGUCCGAGUGAGCGCCUUCAGGGACUGGAUUGAGAAGAAAAUCAGACAAAUCGAGCUCACUGAUUUAGAUUUGGAAAACUUGUUGGAGGCGAGAGAGUGAAAUUGAAAAAAAAUUUAUAUAAAAUAAAUAAAAAUCUUAAAAUU